UGUGGAGCCAAGACGGAUCGCAGCGCGUCUCUUCAUCCACCGCGUCUCACCUGCCUUCAUUUGAAUAUCUAUCAUGAGAACCACUCAGCAAUCUACGCUGCCCAGCCGAUUGUCAACAUAUUGAUAUCUCACUCAGUGACUGCGGAGUCGGUGUCAUGUGUGAAGCAGCUGCUCAUGCGGCAUGAGCAAUUGAUUUUUUUUCUCCAAGCUGCACUGCUUAGUCUCUGUCAUCGACACCCGUUUUCAAGGGCUCAGACGGCGGUUGCAAAAGACACAUAGACGACACGGGUGACGGCAGGGUCCAGUCCAAGAGCAUUGCGCCGCUUGAUGCGCUAUUCACGGGGCUUGUGGGUGGAUUGAGAAAAGGGGACGGGGAACGGGCCAAAAUGCCUUUCUUCGACGACAAGCAUGUCGAUCUCACGCGAGAACCCUUGCCCGACGGCGGCUUGACUUGCGACGAAGUUAUAGUAGCGCCGCCCACGCCCAUCAUCUUUGGGAAUAGUGACUCUAUCCGUGCGCGGCAGCAGUCGCCGUCAGAGCGACGAUCUCAGCAGCGAGCCUCGGCCCCGCACUCAAAGCCCGCCAGAGCGUCAACUCCUUUGCACAGGCCGACCCCUAACCCACCAUCUGCCGCCAGACCCACCGCCCGAGCCGCUGAUGGGAGUCACGGGACACCCUCUAGGUCCGCUCGAAUGUCUGCUUUCUUCAUCCGAGAUGAGGUUCGGGACUCGCAGUCUCCUCCGCCCAGCAGCAACCACAGCGCUCAACAGCAACAACCGCAUCCCACACCAGAGUCAUCAACCAGGUCCCUCAGAAGCCGUCCGACACCUAACAAUCAGACUCCCGAACGAAUGCAAUGGACGGUCGAAAAGGUUGCUACAGCGCUUGCCGCUCUUGCCGAGGAAGUCGGCCAGGGCCAUGCCCGACUUGUAGAGUAUGUGCUGGAGGAAGCCGACAAGAAGGCGCCCCAGCCAAGACACCUAAGCACGAUAGACGUCUUUGCUGCUAUGAAGUCCAAAGCCAUCGAUAACACCAGCGCCCAGCCUCCACCCGAAGAGACCAUGGCGGUAAAGUUCAAGCAGCACAAUGGGGAAUACGGCAAAUCAAAAGGCAACGGGCGCCGCUUUUUCUACCCCGUUGUCUCCAUCAAGCCAGAUAGGGAGCCUGUCCCAGGAUACCGCUUUCACCAUGUCGAGAUCCGCAAAAAUGUCCUUGCACUCAAUUCGAUGCUGAACUUUGUUCCCCAUCUCCGCGAUGUAGAUCCAAACUCGGCCGAGGAGAAGAAGUACAGCAACUGGCUCAUUGACCUAGAGAACCUGGACAGCAAGUCUGGCUUCCAGACCCAGAAUCGGCACCAGAAAUUCAUCAAGAGGGUUCAGAAUGAGUACGCAGCAACGCUAUCCACAUACUUGGAGCCCUGGCUGCGCAAACUGGCCAUUGAUGGCUGCACAAAAUCCGCUCUUAUCCGCUACAUGGCAACCCAGCCGCAAAGUGACAAUGCCAUCACACCCCAGCAAAAGUCCAGCCUGCUGGAUACGCACACCGACGAUGUUGGUUCGCCUCACGCGGCGAGGGGAGCCAAGGUUUUUACCCAAGCCUUUGACCGCGUCUUCAACAACGAUUCACUCCUGUUAAGGCGCGUUAGCCUGCGCGACGUGCUGAUGCUUGACAAGUCGGUCGAACCUAUCCUAGACAACAAAAGGGCAAAAGAUGCGCCAGGCACGCAAAAGCCUCGUGAUCAGGCCCUGAUGCAGAAAAUCAUCGAGUCAUUGGGCAGUUACUCGACCCUCGGAUGCCUGAUUUGCUUCAGUCAUGACUGUGAGCAUGGGGAGAUCGAGCGGGAUAAUCAGAAACGGUGCUUCUCUCUUGAAGAAAUCGGAGGGCUUGCGCCGACAUUACGACAGAAGUGGACAGCCCAGGUUGAGGCGCUGGGGAACGGCCAAAUCGACGGCACCGUCAGCCGGCCAACACACCAGCCGUGCAGGAACCAGUGCUACCGUAGCUACGACACAGGCAGUUAUAAUCAGGCCGUUAAGCCCUGGUCUGAGAACGAGGUCGGCGUGCUUGAGUGGGUGUUUGCAACUAUCGGCUAUAGCUCGUCGCUGAAACCGCAAUGCUUUGUGGGUGCAGUGCUGGGCCGUCCUUGCUGGGAUGUCCAUCGCAAGUUCAAGGAGUUGGACCUCUCGCUGCCUCCGGUCGAACCACGCGCCGAGCCCCCGAAACCGAAGCCUGUACCUUGGUACGACCGCAAGAAAAAGCAGCUGCUAGGUGACUGGCAAGAUGCUACUAUUACCCACGAACAUGCCGUGCGUGAACUUUACGCUCCUUGCCACCACGACGGCCCCUGUACUGUGGCGAAUAACUGCCCCUGCGCCUCGGCUGGCUCUCACCCCGUACUCUGCGAGCGCUUCUGUCGCUGCACGGCAGACGAGUGUGCGCUCAAAUUCACAGGAUGCGCUUGUCAUUCAUCUGGCAAAACAUGUCUCCAGCGGCAAAAAGAAGGCAGGCCCUGCAUCUGUGUGCAGCUAAACCGGGAGUGCGACCCUGUCCUUUGUAGAGGCUGCGGGGCCAAGGAGAGGGCGGACCCGGAGAAUGCAUACGACGAGCAGCUGCACUCCACUGGGUGCCAGAACGUUGCCUUGCAGCGCGGCGCUCCCAAGGCGGUUCUGUUGGGCAAGUCGCAGCUCGAGUGUUGCGGCUACGGCCUCUUCGCUGCUGAAGACAUUGCCCAGGAUGAAUUCGUGAUCGAAUACACCGGCGAGCUUAUAAGUCAUGACGAAGGUGUUCGACGUGAGAAUCGCCGCGGUGAUGUCUUCGACGAAGAGAACAAGGUCUCGUACCUAUUUACCUUGCUCGAGCAGGAGGGUAUCUGGGUGGAUGCUGCCAUGUAUGGCAACCUCAGUCGCUACAUCAAUCAUGCAUCCGACACGUGCAACAUCAUGCCAAAGAUUAUGUAUGUGAACCACGAGUGGCGCAUCAAGUUUACAGCACUCCGCGAUAUCAAGGCCGGGGAGGAGCUGUUCUUCAACUAUGGCGACAAUUUCCCCAACCUAACAAAGAAGCUCGUUGAGCGAAACGAGAAGGCGGGUGACGCCAACAACACUGUGCCGGGCCAGAAGCGCAAAGGGAGCGCCGCGCGCGGCACGGCACGCAAGACAACGUCCAAGGCGAAUGGUGAAGGCAUCGACUUUGCGCCCGAUGAACGUGGUGACGAAGAUCUCUGGCUGAAUGAUAUUCCCAUCAUGGACGAUGACGAUUUGGGCGAUGACUGGGAUGACCACACUCCAAAACGCCGCAAGAAGCGUGGUGGCAAGCGACCAGGCGCGGGCCGCAAAAAGAAGCACCCCCACACGACGGCAGCCGAGAUGGGCGACGAGGUCAGCCCGGGCUCACAGCUGCACGUCGAGCUCAGCGGUAAUCAGCAACCAGGCCGAGGCAUCACCAACCCUACGACUCCUACCCGAAACACCCUCAAGCGGUCGUAUUCGAGUAUGCAAAACCCUCAACAAAGCUUCUCUGGCUCUGAGGCCGGCGCGAGCAGCACACAGGCCACCACCGACGGUACAGGGCCCUUGGUUAAAAAGGUUUCAAAGCGAGGCGGCGCUCGCCCCGGCGCAGGACGCAAGCCUAAGCAUCCUCGUCCUCCGGGGGCGGCCGGAAGGGCCAGCAAAUCCACAACAACCGAUCAGUCUGUCAGCUCUGCCUCUAAGAACGACGAGCCAGAGAUACCCGGCAACCAUCGCCAGAACUCGACUCACCGCUCUCCCAACUCCACAACUGCCCCCGGCGUACCAGCAGGAAGGAAACGCAAAGCCGCCGAGCUAGGCGACAACCGCCCCGAAGCAGGAGCAGACCGUCAUGAGAAUGACGGGAUCAGCAUAGCCGCCACCGCCACCGCCCCAAGUAAUAAUGAUAAUAGUAGUAGUAAUAAUAACAGCAACAACACCCACCCAACCACCGCAAGCUUCAUGUUCUAUAGGCAAGACAUAUUCCAGCCAAUUCUCACCCCGUACGACACGCUAUCCAACUCGUCUGUCAGCGCCACGACCACGACCACAACACAGACCUCCGGCCGGAGGCGACGGCACAGCAGCCACGGCCAUAGCCGCGGAGGCAGUACCGCGUCUGGGUCGGGAAUGAUGGAGGGCGACGAGGCGGCCGAGGGCGUCGACCGCUCGGCCCGCAAGCGCCAGAAACCCCUGCGGUAUAGGGACGAGGAGGAGUAGGUCUUUUGAACUUCGGUCCGCUAUCCUUGCUUGGGGGUUUUGGUGGUGGGGGUCAUAGUUCCGGGGGAUGAGGAUAGCUUGCUAGGUAGAUGGAGUGCGGGUUUGUGAGGAUUGGCAGGGGUGGAAUGAUCGAACCUUUUUCAGGCUCAGGGGAAAAGGGUGGUAAAUCUUGUCUUGCUUCGUCGGCUGGUGUUCGGUGUUCGUGGGGUGGGCGUCAGCUACUUUAGUUUAGUGAACGACGCCCGAACCUAAGCAACAUCCAUGGACGAAGGGGGUUGUCAAUUAACGUUAGCUGGGUAAGACCAGGGGAAGGGGGAAGUGGGUUAGGAAAUGAACAGCAAAGCAAUUUCAGUGAUCUGUGCACAAC